AUGAGAUAUAAAGGCAAGAUAUAUGCUUUUGGAAGUCUAUGUCCAUACGAUCUGGAAACAGAUUUAUCCGUAGGAAUUUGUUUUGGGGAUAAGUUAGAUUGUCCAAAACAUGGAUGCUAAUUCAAUAUUACAAAUGUCAUGGUUGAAGGACCUCCAUCUAUUGAUAAUUUGCCUAAGUUUGGAGUAAAGGAGAAUGAAGACUCAAUUGAGGUUUAUGCUCCUCUAAUAGUGUCUAAAAAGAUUAUUCCUUAACAUCAUUUUAGAGAUUACAACAAUCAAAGAAAAGUCAUUAUAUAUUGA